AAAAGCAUAAUACAGUAUGUAUAAAUGUGAAAAAAAUAAAGACCAAUAGACAACUAACCUUCAGAUUUCCAUGCAGAUUCAACCUUAUGCCACUGUCAAUGGAGACAAAACAUCCAAAAACAAUGAAGAGAGACAGUCAGAUAAUCUCAUAAGUCAUGAGAUGGAAAGUUCAGAAACAUGUGUUGAAGAAGAUGAAGAAGAAGGACAAUGGAAUUUAGACCUGUUCAGAAACAUUGAAAAAAAUCAGGACAUUGAAGCUGAUAUUAUUGAUGAGCAAAGAGCAAUAAUAUGUGGAAGCAACCAAACAUCAAACAUGGAAGCUGUUUUAUGUGGGCACAAAGUUGGCCAGAUAAGAAAAGAAGCAGUACAUCAAGAGGAAAGAUGCAAUGAGGGUGCUGAACUAAAUGAAGGAGACAUAGAUAAUUUUCUAGAAAAUGAAAGAAUGGCAGCAACUCAGGGCAAUAAUGUGCAAAUAGAUAGCGAAUGCACCCCAACAUUAGGGAUGGAAUUCAAAACCCCAGAAGAUGCUCAUCGUUUCUUUAACUUCUAUUCAUAUUUGGCUGGUUUUGCGAUAGUCAUAGCACAUAGUGCACGCACACAAAGCAAGAAAAGGAACAAUGAGGUGGUACGGAUUACAUACAAAUGCAAUAGACAAGGGAGGAACCGACAGUCAAAAGGAACAACAGAGGAAGAACAAGAACAAGAAGAUGAAGAGGUGGCUGUAGAAAGAGACACAAACAUUCUCAUUAAAACAGAUUGCCAAGUUGUGAUGGUGAUUUCAGAAAGAAAUAGUGUAUGGAAAAUUACAAGAGUAAACCUAGAUCAUAAUCAUCCAUUGAGUCCAAGCACGCAAUCAAAAUUCUUUAGAGCUCAUAAAGAUAUGACUGAUGAAGAAAAAAAGAUGAUAAGGACCUUAAAUGAUUGCAACAUACCUACAAGGAAGAUGAUUGCUAUUUUGGCUUAUCUUCGUGGAGGAUUGGAAGCAUUGAGAUAUGGAUCAAAGGAUAUCAGCAACCUAAGAACAUCAAUCAGAAGAGAGACAUCACAAAAUGAUAUGAUGCAGGCAAUUGGUUUCUUCACAAGAAAAAAGAUAGCAGAUCCAACAUUUUUGUAUAAGAUCAACAUGGAUAGCAGCAAUAAGGUCAAGUGCAUAUUUUGGACUGACACAAAAGCAAAAGAAUACUACAAGUUGUAUGGUGAUUGCAUAAGUUUUGACACUACAUACUUGACAAACAAAUACAAUAUGCCAUUUGCGCCUUUUGUGGGAAUAACAGGCCAUGCAAAGACAUGCAUAUUUGCUUGUGCACUAAUCUCAGAUGAGAGCACAUAUACAUUCAAAUGGUUGUUCACAACUUUUCUGGAAGCAAUGGAAGAAAAAAUUCCAAAAAGCAUCAUAACUGAUCAAGAUGGUGCAAUGCAGUUAGCUAUAGAACAAGUGUUUCCAAAUACAAGCCAUCGUAAUUGCUUAUUCCACAUAAAAAAUAAAGUGAAGCAAAAAACUGGAAGAACAUUUGAGGACAAAGAACUGCAUAAGGAAUUUGAGGAUAUAGUGAACAACUCGCUGACAGUGGAGGAGUUUGAGAAGUUAUGGACAGAAAUGGUAGACAAGAAUAACCUUCAUAAUAUAAGAUACUUGACACACAUUUGGAAUACAAGACAAAGAUGGGCACCAGUGUAUUUCAAACAUGAAUUCUAUCCUUUCAUACAAAGCACUGCAAGAAGUGAAUCAACAAAUGCAAGAAGGCUUGCAGAUAUUGCAUCCAAAGGGGCAAGAACAGAAGGCAAAUACAACUUUGUGCUUACAGAAAUUGCAAGAAUGGAAGAUCUAAUGGACAACAUUGAUGCUAAAGAACAACCACAAAGUUCAACAGACUAUAUGCAAUCAAAUGGAAAUGUGCAGAUAAAUGGAGAAGAUAUAUAUUCAGAAUCAAUUGUCCAAGUACAAGAUUCAGAUGUGGCAAAUACAAAAGGGAGACCACUGUCCAAUAAAAGAUGGAUGCCAACUGUUGAAAAAAAUACUAAGUAA